AUGGGUGUCCUCCGGUCUCUCGUCUCUCUGAUUGCUGCGGCCGCGGCCGUCAGCGCCAGCCCCAUCGAGCGCCGCGCCCCUAUCGACUCGGACAAGGUCGUUGGGUUCGCCGAGACUGUUCCCUCGGGCACGACAGGAGACGUGUACCUCGCCUACAAGCCCUUCCUCAAGGUCGUCAACGGCUGUGUCCCAUUCCCAGCCGUGAACGCUGCGGGGGACACAAAGAUCGACGGUGUCGUGCAGAUCAAAGGUGCAUCAAAUGGCCAGUGCUCAAGCAGCACAGGACAGGUCUACGUCCGCGGAACCACAUCCAACGGCUACUACGGUCUGAUGUACUCAUGGUACAUGCCCAAGGACUCCCCAUCGGACGGCCUGGGACACCGCCACGAAUGGGAGGGCGUCAUCGUCUGGCUGAAGUCGGCGACCUCCACGGCCGCGAGCAACAUCGCCGCCGUGUGCCCGUCUGCCCACGGCGACUGGAACUGCGCGACGAGCGGGUACACCCUGUCCGGCACCAAGCCGCUGAUCGAGUACAAGAGCACCUGGCCGGUCAACCACCAGCUGGGUCUCACGACGGCGGUCGGCGGCACCCAGCCGCUGAUUGCUUGGGAGAGCCUCCCGGCCGCGGCCAAGAAUGCCCUGCAGACUGUGGACUUUGGGGCGGCGACGGUCCCCUUCAAGGACUCUACCUUCAGUGGCAACCUGGCUGCUGCCACCUUCUAA